UUUUUUUUAUUUAUUUUUUUUUUUUUUUCGACUUAAAUGACUAUAUAAUCAUGACUAUACAACCUGAAAAUUUACUUGUUUGUUCUACAGCGGGAAAAAUAUAUGCUAUCAGUAAGAUAGAUGGCUCUCAAAUAUGGAAGACCGAACUUAGUGGAGUACAUGACGGUGUUGGUUCAUUAUUUGUAUCCGGUGAUAAAGUUUAUGUUGGAAUGAAUGGUUGUUUAAUCGCUUUAAACUUGAUUAAAGGAACGGAAAUUUGGAGAAACUCACUGUCAGGGAUGGGAUAUAAUGAAAUAUCAUUACUUGUUGUUAACAUAAACUCUGAAGGAGAAGUAACAUCUCAUGAAGCUCAAUCUUCUAUCGUUAUAGUUGCUUCUCACGGAAAAGUAUAUGGAAUAAAUUCAGAAUCAGGAGAUAUACUUUGGAAAAAUAAAUUGAAAAAUGGUGGUUAUGAAUUGCCUUCUUUAAUAAUAGAUUCACCUGAUAAAGUUCUUGUUGGAUGUGGAAAGUUGGUUUAUAAAAUUAAUAUUUAUGAUGGAAAAACUAUCUGGCAAAAGAAAGUUUCUACUUGUUUACUUGGUUGUUCUCAUGUUACUAUGGCCACUCAUCAAAGUAGUUUACAAAAUGCAUUUACAUACACUGGAUUUUGUAAUAAUCCUAUCGCUCAACAUUCUAGAAAGGAAAAAGAAAAUAAUAAAUACGAAAUUGCUUACGGUACAAAUAUUAUAUAAUGUAUUGUUAAUUAGUGGGGAUUAUUUUAUAAACGUAAAUUGUGUUAGUAGAAAAUAUUUGAUGUAUAUUAAAUGAGAAUUUCAAAUUUUAUAUUUUAUGUAAAAUAUCAAAUUAUAUUUAUUAUAUUGAUUUAAAGUU